AUGUCCACCACCUCUAUUGGCCAAUUAUUAUUCACGAAGUAUGCGCCGUUUAUGGCAGCUGUUCUUAUCUUAUGGGACCAUUGCACGACGUUCGACGAAGAAGUAGCGGUGAUGUGGGGGUCUCUCAAAGGGCAGAUCCUCACAAAAGUCAUGAAUACAGGUUAUAUCAUGAUGCGCGCCUAUCGUCUAUGGGAUCGCAGGAAUGCUAUUCACAAAACAUUAACCGUCGUAUUUGUAGCCUGCAUCAUCGGGGCAACCAUUUUUUCGGUUAGGACUGUCUUAAUUGUUCUGAGGUCUCAAGUGCAACUACCUCUCGACAUAGAGGUUUGUGCCAUUGGCUUGAAUGUGCCCAAGACGAUAGCUUACACAAUGGGGCUCAUGGCAUGUCUGUUUUUCAACCUAUUUGUGAUUUUCAUCACCCUUUACAACGCUCUGGAAAUACCUCGUCGGUCUGAAUACGAAAUUUUUGAUUCACUCUGGCACGACGGCGGUAGGCUUUACUUGAUAGCUUCUCUCCUCUGGAUGCUACUUCUAAUAGGCUCUGUUACUAUACAAAUGCCUUCUUUCUUCCCCAUUCUGAUGCUCGUAUGGUCUCUGAAGUCUAAUAUCGCCUCUCGAAUGCACCUUCGCAUCGAAAGUCUGAGACUUUCUUUCACCACACACAUUGGACAGGACUGA